AUGGCCCCAGAAUUCCACACCGUCACCCCCAUCCUCCGCAUCUUUGACCUCCCCAAAGCCAACGAAUUCUACCUCGACUACCUCGGCUUCAAAACCGACUGGGAGCAUCGCUUCGACGACAACGCCCCGCUGUACCGCCAGAUAUCCAAAGGGAGCGUCAUUUUGCACCUCAGCGAGCACCAUGGCGACGGCAGCCCAGGUGUUAGAGUCCGCAUAAACACCACCAAUCUUGCAGACUAUCACGCAGAGUUGGCGGCCAAAAAGUACCGCUACAUGAGGCCUGGACUUGAUGAUGGACCAGUGGAGGGGUCCAAGGAAGUGGUUGUUCUUGACCCGUUUGGGAAUACGCUUAUAUUCUGUGAGGAUGGGAAGUAA